AUGGAGGGUGUGGACAUCUCCGAGGGUGAUGCCGGCUUCGCCAUGCUCCUGACGCUUCUCGCGGGCCUAGCCACCACGAUCGGCGCAGCAAUUGCGUUCUGUGCCAAUACUGACGACAACCGCGUGUUUGCGAUUUGCCUGGGCUUGGCUGCUGGGGUGAUGGCGUAUGUGUCCUUCUCAGAGAUCCUGGACAUGACAAAUCAGAGCUUCCAGGAUGCAAACCUCACUGAGCGGAGUGCUUUCACGUUCGGGACAUUGACGGUCUUCGGAGGGAUAGUUCUCGCUAUGUUGGUGGAGUGGAUCGGCAUGAAGAUCUUUCACAGGCAUGUGCGCGAGAUUGACGUUGUGAUCACUGACGCGCCGGAGCCGGAAGCCCAGGAUGCCGCUACCGACAAACCCCUCAGCACCUCUGAGCGGUUGAAUAUGCUGCAGAUGGCCGCAUUCUCAGGGAUUGCUGUCGCCUUGCACAAUUUCCCCGAAGGCAUCGCAACCUUCAUUUCGACCAUGGCCGAUCCCAGCUUUGGGCCCGCCAUGGCAUUCGCCAUCGCCAUGCACAACAUCCCCGAAGGCUUGGCUGUGGCAGCGCCCAUCAAAAAGGCUACCGGCUCCAAGUGCAAAGCAUUUUUUUGGGCCUUCGUGUCCGGCCUCUCCGAGCCCCUGGGUGGGCUGCUGGGAUGGCUGGUCCUCAAGGACGUGCUCGGGCCCGCGACCUACGCUAUCUUCUACGGUCUCACGGCGGGCAUCAUGCUCCACAUCUCCUUCAAGAAGCUGCUGCCGACCGCCCUGAAGUACGAUCCGAACAAUUCUUACACAUCGUACUCCUUCUUUGCCGGCAUGGCUGUGAUGGCAACCUCCCUGAUCGCCUUCAGAUGGGCUUGA